UGCUCUUCUGAGCCGGUGCCUGCUCUUCGUUUCGGGAGGAAGUGCACGCGCAACUCGCGACUGCCUCGGCGUCGACCUGAGCACACCUUGAGAACCAAGAUCAUCGUUCCUUUCGGUCCUUACCUCGAGAGAAACUUUGGGAGUAUUAAUUCCCGAGUUUAGUCCCCUCCCCCCGAGUUGAAAGUGCGAUCUCGGUAACAACACUCGGUUUCUUGACUCGAGAUUCGAACGGUGUAGUACCAGAGAGGAAUCUGUGGUGCCGGCAAACGGAGUAUAGUGGCAACGAAAAUUGUGAUCGUGAGAGGUGUGCGGUGAGAAGGACGGUGCGAUGGCAGUGGCUGCGGGGCCACGCCGGCCACGCACGUUCCUCUUCGAUGGUAAAUACUUUUCCGGGACUACUUUCGGGACGAAGAAUUUGUUGCGGCCAGUCCUCGAUGGGUUCCCGCUGAUCCUAGUCCUGGUCGGUAUCACGCAGGUUGCCGGCUUUAGGAUGGCUUCUAGCAGCAACUGCGGUGUCAAUAGCUUUAGAUGUCUCGACGGCAGCUGCAUACCGGCUGCUUUAGUCUGCAAUUAUCAAAAAGAUUGCGAGAGCGCGGAAGAUGAAUUCCAAACGUGCACACCACCAGACUGUGAGGCUGGUCAGAUUACUUGCGGCCAGUAUAUUUUUAACAAGACUUAUUGUAUACCUCCCCAUCAACGAUGCGACAUGACCGUCGAUUGCGUCGAUGGAACCGACGAGGCUGGUUGCAGUUACAGGAAAUGCCAGCCGGAUGACUUCCGGUGCGGUGGCUCGACACCCGAGCUCUGCAUUCCGAAAGAGAAGAAAUGCGACGGUUAUCUGGACUGUCGAAACGGCCGGGACGAGGAGAAAUGCGAGAACAACGCGAAACCAGCCUGCAGGUUGGAUCAGUUCAGGUGUAAUUCCACGCAGCGUUGCAUUGAACAAUCAGCCAGGUGUAAUUACAAGGACGACUGUGGAGAUAAUAGCGACGAGGAGAAUUGCAACUUCCAACCCUGCGCGAUUAAUCAGUUCCGUUGCGCGAAUUCACUUUGUAUACCAAGAUCCUACGUUUGCGAUGGUUACAAGGACUGCCAGGAUGGAUCCGACGAGAAGUCCUGCACAACCACCACUUGCCCUGUGAACAAGUUCGUGUGUCCAAGGGGAACACCCGAUGGCAAGCCGCUUUGCAUUGAUCGGUCUCAGAUCUGCGACGGAAAGUCUGACUGCGAAGACAAAGCAGACGAAGAAGCUACCUGUUCGUCGGUGAUAUGCACCUCGUUGGCGUGUCGCUACAAGUGUCGGGCGUCUCCCACAGGAGGUGUUUGCUACUGUCCCCCCGGCUGGAUCCUCGCGAACGACUCAACGACUUGCAUAGAUCGCGACGAGUGCUCGGAAUGGGGUUUCUGCGAGCAGUUGUGCGAAAACACGGAGGGGUCGUACACGUGCAGCUGCGCGCUAGGCUUCACGUUGCAGGCACGGAACAAGUGCAGGGCCGAGCAACGUCCCGGUGUGAAACUGGAGCUGUUGGUCGCUCAGGAAAGGGCGGUUUGGAGAAUGUCCGCCAGCGACGAAGAGAGGAACGUUGUCGUCAAUACUACCGGCGCUAGCGGAGUGGAUUACCUCUACUCCAGAGAUUUGCUCUUCUGGAGCGAUGUGAAGACGAAGAAAGUGCACUCGGAACCAUUGAACGGCGAAGGGUCGAGCUCCAGGACCACCAUAUCGUCGACGAGUUCGUGGGGGCCAGUCGCUCUCGCGGUGGACUGGAUAGGAGAGAAGUUGUACGUGGUAGACUCGUCGGUGCAGAAGAUCGACGUGCACGAGUUGGACGGAAGGUUUCACGGUAUCGCGUUAAGCUCCAACCUGACCAAUCCAGCGGAUAUUGGCCUGGAUCCUACAGUGGGCUUGAUGUUCAUCGCCGACAGCAAACAAGUUCUAAGAGCCAACAUGGACGGAACCGCGGAUUUCCCGAUCGUGUUCGAGGCAGCUUACAAAGUAUCCGGCAUCGCAGUGGAUGUGAUCGGCCGGAGGAUCUUCUGGUGCGAUUCCCAAUUGGACUACAUCGAGACCGCCGACUACUUGGGCAGAAACAGAGUGAUGGUGCUCAGAGGUCCGCACACACCCUCUCCGACGAGACUGACGCUGUUCGAGAACACAAUUUAUUGGACAGACGGGACGAAACAAGCCAUCAUGAGCGUGGACAAGACGGAGGGCGACACUUCCAUACAGACUGUCUACAAAAUGAGAGACGCGAAGGCUAUAAAAGCUCUGCACCCGUUGAUGCAGCCAAUGGUGUCGAAUCCUUGCGGGAACAACAACGGUGGCUGCCAACACAUGUGCAUAGUGACCGCAGCCAGCGACCAGGAGAACAGGCUCGGUUACCGGUGUGCUUGCGACAUAGGCUGGAGAUUGUCCAGCGACCAGAGAAACUGCAAUUUGGUCCAGGAGUUUCUGAUGUACUCGCAGCAGAGAUUCAUCAAAGGCAGAGUGUUGGAUCCGGUGAUGGAGGGAUUCAGCGACGCCAUAUCGCCCGUGGUUUCCAGGAGGGCCAGGUUCGUCGGUCUCGACUACGACGCGCACGACCAGUACAUCUACUACAGCGACGUUCUGCAAGACGUGAUUUACCGGGUUCGUCAAAACGGCACUGGCCGGGAGCCGGUGCUGGCUAGUCAAAACGAAGGCGUGGAAGGCUUGGCGGUGGACUGGGCCGCCAAGAAUCUCUACUACAUCGACUCGAGGAAAGGCACGCUGAACGUACUGAGCACUAGGAACGUCACUUACCGGAGAACACUGUUGAAGAAUUUGAAACGUCCGAGGGCUAUCGUCAUUCACCCUAAUCAAGGAUACAUCUUCUUCUCCGAGUGGGACAGACCAGCGAACAUCAGCAGAGCCUACACCGACGGUUCGAACCUGGUGGUCUUCAGAAAUCUAACAUUGGGCUGGCCGAACGGCUUGGCCAUCGAUUUCGCGAAGGACAGGCUGUACUGGUGCGACGCUCUUCUGGAUCACGUGCAGCAUUCGAAUUUAAACGGCACCGACGUGCAGACGGUUAGCUCUAGGCUGAUCAGACAUCCGUUCUCCAUGGCGAUUCACGAGCAGUGGAUGUACAUCACCGACUGGCGACUGGACGCGAUUAUUCGACUACACAAAGAGACCGGAGAGCAGGAGAGUAUUCUCGUGCGCCAACCAGAGACAAACAGGCUCUACGGCGUGAAAGUGUACAGUCGCCACAUUCAGGUCUCUCUGUCGGAUCACCCCUGCUUCAUCGACAACGGCGGAUGCGAGAAACUGUGCUUCGCCAUCCCCCAAAACAACACCAACGGAUAUGGCACCGCCAGGCUAACGAAAGUCUGCGGCUGCCCCUAUGGCGAACGUAUCCAGGCGAAUGGAAAAACUUGCGCGCCCGAUCCAGAAGCCGAACCGCCGCUCGAGGCGUGUCCCAAUACUUGGGACUUCACCUGCGCGAACCAGAGGUGCGUGUCGCAUGCGUGGGUCUGUGAUGGCGAGAACGACUGCCUGGACAACAGCGACGAGCGAAACUGCACGAAACCAACUUGCUCACCGAACGAGUUCCAGUGCAAGUCGGGCAGGUGCGUACCGAUGAGCUUCCUCUGCGACUCGGAGAACGACUGCGGGGACUACAGCGACGAGACCGGCUGUCCGAACGUGACCUGCAGCGCCAACCAGUUCGCCUGCGCCAACAACAGAUGCAUACCGAACACGUGGAAGUGCGACUCGGAGAACGACUGCGGCGACAGCUCCGACGAAGGUGAAUUCUGCGUGGCGAAGACCUGCACUUACUUCCAAUUCACCUGUCCGAGAUCCGGCCACUGUAUACCACGUUCGUGGGUAUGCGACGGUGACAACGACUGCUUCGACCAGCAAGACGAGAUGGACUGCCCGCCGGUUACCUGUCUCAGCACUCAAUUCACCUGCGCUGAUCAGAAGAUGUGCGUCCUCGAUUCGUACAAGUGCGACGGUAUAUCGGACUGCAACGACGGUAGCGACGAGGUCGGCUGUCCGUCACUUGCGCCGGAUCAAUGCAACACCGACAAGCAGUUCCAGUGCGUCAGCUCGGCGAUCUGCAUCCCGAGGAGCUGGUACUGCGACGGAACAGCGGACUGUCCGGACAGGUCUGACGAGCCAGCCUCUUGCGGCCAGGUGGGCUGCCAGCCGGGUUUCUUCAAGUGUCGCAACGAGAGGUGCGUGUUCAAGGCGUACAUCUGCGAUGGGAAGGACGACUGCGGCGACGGGUCCGACGAGGACACCGAGCUGCACGCAUGCACCGCGCCCGAGUUCAAAUGCGACUCCCAGCAGUGGAAGUGCCCGAAUGUGACCGACAGGUGCGUGAACAUAACCAGCGUCUGCGACGGUAAGUUCGACUGUCCGAACGGCGCGGACGAAGGCCCGGCCUGCGACUUCCAAGAGUGCAAGCACGGAGGUGUCUACUGUAGCAACGACUGCAUCCAGACGCCCCUUGGUAAGCAGUGCACGUGCCCACCGGGGGAGGAGUUGAGCAAGGAUGGCUACGCUUGCCAGGAUGUGAACGAGUGCGAUCCCCCGGGCCGCUGCUCUCAGGUCUGCGUGAACAUCAAAGGCGGAUACUACUGCAACUGCGUGGACGGUUACAUACUGGAGAAGGACAAGCACACUUGCAAGGCGUUCAAUCGCAGCGCCGCGUUCCUCAUCAUAUCAAACAGGCACACGAUCCUCGUGUCGGAUCUUCAGGAGCAGGCGUUGGAGAGAGUGCCGAUCACGGUGGAGAACGUGGUCGCGACCGCUAGUAACAUGCACACGGGCACCAUCUUCUGGUCGGACAUGAAACUGAAGAAGAUCUCCCGACUGGACAGAAACAGCGAUCCCGAUGACGUGAUUUCAACCGGGUUGGACCUGGUGGAGGGUCUUGCUUACGACUGGAUUGGCCAGAACCUGUACUGGCUGGACUCCAAGUUGAACACUAUCGAGGUGGCCAAGGAGACGGGCGCGAGUAGGAUGAUAUUGGUGAAGGAGAACAUCACUCAGCCGAGAGGCAUGUGCUUGGACCCCAGUCCUGGGGCUAGGUGGCUCUUCUGGACAGAUUGGGGCGAGAAUCCCCGUAUCGAGAGGAUCGGCAUGGACGGCACCAACAGGUCGACCAUCAUCAACACCAAGAUUUAUUGGCCGAACGGUCUCGCCUUGGACAUAGCGAACAAACGGAUAUACUUUGCGGACAGUAAGUUCGACUUCAUCGACACCUGCCUGUACGACGGUACCAAGAGGAUUCAGGUGCUGGCUGGUUCCCACUAUCUGCUUCAUCCUCACUCCUUGACCUUGUUCGAGGACACCAUGUACUGGACGGACAGGCAGUUGAACCGAGUGCUGUCGGCUCACAAGUUCUACGGUGUUAAUCAAACGGUGGUGUCUCACCUGAUAUCCCAGCCUCUGUCGAUACACGUCAACCAUCCCGUCCUGCAACCGGUCACUCCAAAUCCCUGCGCGAACGCCAGCUGCGCUCAUCUGUGCCUGUUGUCACCGACGAAUCCCCAGGGCUACACCUGCAAGUGUCAGGUUGGAUUCAAGCUGCAGUACAACGGCCAGUGCGCGGAGGAGGAGGUGCCCUAUUUGAUGGUACUGAGAGGUUCUCAGAUCAUCGACGUGUCUCUGAUACCAGGGAGCACGAAGACCGGCUACAUAACUCCGGUGGUCGGUGUCGAGGGAGGUAAGUUCAUAGACUUCGACAGGCGGGAGAGAAUGAUCUACUGGCUGCAGACGAAGGACGACGACGACGAGAACGGGACCAUUUACACGACCGCUUACAACGGCGGCAACAGAACCGAGUUCCCUAAUCCGUUCGGCGACAGCGGAAUCAUCGGUGCGCCGUCCGCGAUGGCGUUCGACUGGCUAGGGAGGAACAUAUUCAUAGGAAACAGAUACGCUUCCAACAUAGAGGCGAUCAAGGUGGACGGCAAGGCAAGGUACAGAACGAUAGUGCUGGUCAACAACGGCAACAAGACGUCCGUGGCCAAGCCCAAGGCCAUGUGCGUGGAUCCACUGGAGGGUCACAUAUUCUGGAUAGACGACGGCAGUUUCGGUAUUCCGAUGAAGAUCGGCAGGGUGAACAUGGACGGCACGAACCCGAUCGUGUUGGUGGACAAAGUGGAGAAACCGGAGGCAAUCACCAUCGACAUACCCAGCAAGACCAUUUACUUCAGCUCGCUGUACCCGGCUCAGAUCAUGGCUGUCUCGACAGACGGACGAAACCUGAGGAUCAUCGUCUCGAAGAACAUAGCGUUGCCGAAAGCGCUCGCCGUUCACGACAACAAGCUGUACCUCCUUGAUCCAAAGUACGACAAAAUCGAGAGGUUGGACCUGCCCGACGGCGACGAUCCAACGACGAUAAUCGACAACGACUCCGAGCUGAAGACGCUGACCAUUUACAAGAAACGGGUCACUGGCGAUCACCCGUGUUUCGUGAACAACGGCGGUUGCGAGCAGAUCUGCCUGCCGGCCUCAGGUGGCACUAGAGUCUGUGCCUGCGGUAUGGAGUAUCGCAAAGUCACCGACACCGCAUGCGAGCCGUUUAAAACGUUCGCGGUUGUCACUCAGCUGGACGUGGCCAGGGGUUACAGUCUGAAGGACGCGAAAGAGGCGAUGGUACCUAUCGCCGGUGUCGGCCACCACAUUCUCCACGUGGACGUGUACAGCUCUGGCAACUGGAUCUACUGGGUGGAGUUCAACCGCGGCAUGUGGAACGGGAUAUUCCGAAUCAGACCUAACGGCACAGAGUUGCAGCACAUCGUAAAACAGGGAAUUGGCUCGAACGGCAUCAGGGGCCUGGCUAUCGACUGGGUAGCCGAGAACAUGUACUUCACCAACGUUUUCCCCCACGACAACUACGUGGAAGUGUGCAAGCUGGACGGCAGCAACAGGAAGAUCUUGGUGAAGAAGACGACGGAUUCACCCAGGGAGCUGGCCGUGAAUCCCAUCAAAAAGUACCUCUAUUGGAUAGAUUACGGACAGUACCCGAGACUGGGCAAGGCUUACCUAGACGGCAGCAACUGGAUGCCAAUCGUCACGUCCGAGAUCAGCACACCACGCGACAUAACCAUCGACCCCGUUACCCACGACGUCUACUGGGUGGACUCGAAGCAAGACACCAUUCAGAAAGUCUCGUACACCGGUGGUAAUCGCCAGAUCAUCAGGCGAAACUUACCGAACCCGAUGGGCGUGGCGAUUUACGGGAACGACGUCUACUGGGUGGACAGGAACCUGGCCACGGUGUACAAGGCGAGCAAGCAGGGCGACACGAGCAUGCCGACAACGGUGAGAUCGAACCUUCCUAAAUUACGAGACAUCGUCAUAUUCGACGAGAAGAGUCAGCCGCCGGACCCGACGAACCCCUGCUCGUCGCCAGGAGGGAGCGCGGGCUGCUCGCAGCUGUGCUUCGCAAUGCCGAAGGAGAACUCGGUGCCGUUCAAAUGCGAGUGCGCAGUCGGCAAGCUGGCCGCGGAUGGCAAAAACUGUGAGAGCAUGGAGGAGUAUCUGGUGUUCGCCACGAGGACGGAGAUCAGAGCGAUCGGCCUCGACCCGCAGAACACCAGCGUGCCGUUCAACUCGGUUGGAAAUCUGACGAACGUGGUCGGCGUGGACUUCGACUAUCAGGACAAGAAGCUGCUGUUCACGCAGAUCAGGCCAUGGGCGAAGAUAGCCUGGAUGCAGGCGGAUAGUCCAUCCUCGUCCGACAUUCACACGUUGAUCAGCAAAGGGAUCAAUCCCGAGGGCAUCUCGUACGACUGGACGCAGAAGAAGGUCUACUGGACGGACUCCUCCAACAACAGCAUUUACGCGAUGGACCUGGACGGGUCGAAUCUCGUGAUGAUCGCCAGAGUGGACAGGCCUAGAGCGAUAGUGGUCGAUCCCUGUAACGGGUCGCUGUACUUCACCGACUGGGGCCGGUUUGGAACAUCCGGGAAGAUCUUCAGAACGACGAUGGCUGGCUCGUUGAAGAGAGCUGUUAUAGACAAAAAUCUUUCUCAGCCAAGUGGUUUGGCGAUCGACUACGAGGAUCGCAUGCUCUACUGGACCGACGCGGUCAAGGAGAAGAUAGAGCGGUCGGAAUUGGACGGAAGCGGCCGCCAGAUUCUCGUCUCCGCCACGAUAUACCCAUUCGCUAUAACAGUUUUCGGCGAGUACAUCUUCUGGACGGAUCUUCAAUUGAGGGGUGUCUAUCGCGCGGAGAAGCACACCGGCGCGAACAAGGUGGAGCUGGUGAAACGUCUGGAAGACUCGCCGAGGGACCUGCACAUCUACUCGGCGGCCAGGCAACAGUGCAAGGUCAAUCCGUGUAACAUAUCGAACGGCGGCUGCGACCAGUCCUGUCAUCCGGGCUUGAACGGCUCGGCCGAGUGCAAGUGCGACGACAGCAGCAGGCUAGUGAACGAGGACCGGAUGUGCGUGCCGAAGAAUGUAACCUGCGACUUGAACAAAUUCGCCUGCAGAAACGGUCACUGCAUCUCGAGAAUGUGGGCGUGCGACGGCGACGACGACUGCGGUGAUGGCUCCGACGAGGACACUAACUACUGCUCCUACCACUCGUGCAGCCCGAACGAAUUCCGGUGCAACAACGGCAGGUGCAUCUUCAAGACGUGGAAGUGCGACCACGAGAACGACUGUCGCGACGGUAGCGACGAAGACGGCUGCAUCUACCCACCGUGCGCCCCCGGCGAGUUCACCUGCGCCAACUAUCGUUGCAUACCUCAGUCGCAGGUCUGCAACGGCGUCAACGACUGUAAGGACAACGUCACCUCGGACGAGACCCACGAACGUUGCCCCAGGAACACCACUUGCCCACCGAAUCACCUCAAGUGCGAGAAAACCAACAUAUGCGUGGAGCCGUACUGGCUCUGCGACGGUGACAACGACUGCGGUGACAACAGCGACGAGAAUCCAUUGCACUGCGCCCAGAGAACAUGCCCUCAGAGCUCCUUCCGGUGUCCGAAUCAUAGGUGCAUCCCGGCCACUUGGUACUGCGAUGGGGACGACGACUGCUUGGAUGGUAGCGACGAGCCACCUGGUUAUUGCCAGUCAGAGGGCAGAACCUGUUUCGGUGACUUAUUCACCUGCGAUAAUGGCAACUGCAUACCGAGGAUCUACAUCUGCGACGGUGACAACGACUGCUUGGACAGGUCCGACGAGGACGAGCGUCAUCAAUGCAACGACCGCAAGUGCGACGAGGAAACGGAGUUUACCUGCACCGCGAACAAGAUGUGGAACAGGGCGCAGUGCAUACCGAGAAAGUGGCUGUGCGACGGUGACCCUGACUGCGUGGAUGGAGCCGACGAGAACGUUACGUUGCACCACUGUCCAACGCCGACGCCCUGCGCCGAGAGCCAGUUCACCUGCAACAACGGCCGCUGCCUGAAUCAGAACUGGCUGUGCGACCACGACAACGACUGCGGCGAUGGCAGCGACGAAGGCAAGUUCUGCAACUCCAGGUACAAGCCGUGCACCAGCCAGGAGUUCACCUGCCACAACUUCAAGUGCAUCAGGGAGCAGUAUCGUUGCGACGGCCAGGACGACUGCGGCGACCACUCUGACGAAGAUGGAUGCCCACCAAAGGUGAAGAACACGACCUGUCCAAAUCCAAGAGACUUCAUGUGCGCGAACGGGAACUGCAUCGACCAGCAGUUGGUCUGUAACAAGGAACCAGACUGUGCAGACGAGAGCGACGAGCCAGCCCACUGUAACAUAGACGAGUGCAUCCUCGUGGAAAUGAACCAAUGCUCCCACAAGUGUGUCGAUACGCCAACGAGUUACUAUUGUGAGUGUAAUCCGGGAUACAGGCUUCUGGACGAUGGGAAGGCUUGCGAAGAUAUAGACGAGUGUACGGAGACGCCGCAGGUGUGCAGCCAGCAGUGUCAGAACACACCGGGGAGCUUCUACUGCAAGUGUAAUUAUUACUGGUACGAACGCGCUGCCGACGAGCACACGUGCAAACGAAGGGACAACAUUUUACCCUGGCUCGUUUUCACCAACAAGUACUACGUUAGGAACAUGUCCAUCGACGCUUCCAACUAUAGCCUGAUGCAUCAGGAUCUCAUCAACGUUGUCGCGUUGGACGCUGACUACAACGAGCAGAUGCUCUACUUCUGCGACGUUACUGCCAAGACAAUUUUCAGAGCGCCCAUUGCAGGAGGAGAGAAAGAAGCAAUUAUCAGGCACGACAGCCUUGGUUUGGAAGGGAUAGCGGUUGACUGGGUAGGCAGAAAGCUGUACUGGCUCGACCGACACGCCAAACAUUUGGACGUUGCCGAGUUAAACGGCACCAAUAGAAAGACUCUGUUGACUGGCAUAGCCGAUCCACGUGCCAUCGUUGUUCAUCCCGGCACGGGGUACUUGUACUUCACCUCAUGGCACCUUCAGGCUUACAUAGGCAAGAUGGGAAUGGACGGCAGUAACUUCACGAGGAUCCUCACUUGGGAGGAUGAUAUAGCCUGGCCGAACGCCCUGACAAUCGACUACUUCACCGACAGGAUCUUCUACGCCGACGCUCACCUGGACUACAUCGCGUUCGCCGACUUGGAAGGUCACAACAGACGCAAAGUUCUCUCUGGGUCCGCGGUGCCCCACGUUUUCGCCAUCACCGUGUUCGACGACUUCAUCUUCUGGACUGACUGGAAUCUGAAAGCCAUCAGCAGAGCGGAGAAAUUCUCCGGAGCUAAUCUACGGGUGCUAAGAAACACCACUCACAGGCCGUACGACAUCCACGCGUACCACCCUCUGCGACAGCUGCCCUACAACAAUCCCUGCAUGGAGAACAAUGGCGGUUGCUCUCACUUGUGUCUGAUUUCACCACCUGCGAGUUCCUAUCUCCUAGAGGGAUACGGCCAGCCCGGCGUCACGUCGUACAAAUGCAAGUGCCCCAAUCAGUUCAUACUGGACAAAGAUGGGAAAACCUGCAGAGCCAAUUGCACCGCUGGCCAGCACAGGUGCGGCCCUCCGGAUGAGAAAUGCAUUCCGUGGUAUUGGAAGUGCGACGGUGAGAAGGAUUGCAAGGACGGCUCGGACGAGCCUACCAGUUGCCCGCCGCGUGUCUGUCGGCCUAGUGUCUUCCAGUGUGCGAACGGUAACUGCAGGCCUAGCGUGGCCGUCUGCGACGGUGCGGACGACUGCGGGGACAAGAGCGACGAGGCUCACUGCAGCUUGGAAUGCGGCGAGCUGGAGUUCAAGUGCAAGUCCAACGGUCGUUGCAUUCACGAGUCUUGGAAGUGCGACGGGGACGCCGACUGCAAGGAUGGCAGCGAUGAAGAUCCCGCUAUUUGCCAUAACCGGUCGUGCGACCUGAGUACCGAGUUUACCUGCAAGAACGGCAGGUGCAUCCAAAAAGUGUGGAUGUGCGACUCGGACAACGAUUGCGGCGACGAUAGCGACGAGCCGGCGUACAUGUGCCGCCAGAGAAACUGCACCACCGGCUGGCAGCGUUGUCCGGGCCACGCCAAUUACCGUUGUAUACCCAAGUGGCUGUUCUGCGAUGGCAAGGACGAUUGCCGCGACGGUUCCGACGAGCUACCCGAGAACUGCCCGAAAUGCGACCCGGAGAUGGACUUCAAGUGUGCGAACAACCGUUGCGUGCCGAAGCAGUGGCUGUGUGACUUCGCGGACGACUGCGGCGACGGUAGCGACGAGACGGAGGCCAUGUGCAAGGAUCGUUACAGAGAGUGUUCUGAGUCGGAGUUCAAGUGCGACAAUGGCAAGUGCAUCGCCUCGAGGUGGAGAUGCGAUUCCGAGGACGAUUGCGGGGACAACAGCGACGAGAAUGGCUGCCAGGAGUUCGUGUGCAAGCCGUACACGUUCCAGUGCGCCAGCGGCCACUGCAUCGCGUCGUAUUUGAGGUGCGACGGCACGCGCGACUGCAGAGACAUGAGCGACGAGAUCGGAUGCCCGCCGAGGUAUCCAGGAGGAAGAUACUGCCCGCAGUCGAGAUUCCAAUGCGACAACAAUCUCUGCGUCUAUCUCACUGACAUAUGCGACGGAAGCGACGACUGCGGCGACGGCUCUGACGAGAAUGCCAGCAUGUGCGCGAACUUCAAGUGCGACACAACCAGGAGGUUCCAGUGCGCCAAUCACAAAUGCAUCGCCAAGUAUCAAUUGUGCGACGGCAUCGACAACUGCGGCGAUGGCUCUGACGAGAACAAUAUGACCAUGUGCGCGUCAAGGAUCCAUCCGUGCGACUCCAUGAUAGAGUACACGUGCGCCAAUAAGAAAUGCAUCAAUCGAUUGAAGCUCUGCGACUUUGCGGACGACUGCGGAGACUCCUCCGACGAGCUCGGUUGCCAUCAUAAUAAACCCUGUCUGGAUAGUAACAAGGGUGGUUGUUCCCACUAUUGUCACAACAUCACCGACGGGGGAUACAUUUGCGCGUGCUAUCCCGGUUACAUAAUAGCGCAAGACGACCGGAAGCAUUGCGAGGAUAUCGACGAAUGUGCCACUGGUCAGCACCAAUGCUCUCAACUUUGUACGAAUCUAAAUGGCACCUACUCCUGUUCGUGCAGACAAGGGUUCGAACUGUCCGACAGUCGCAGUGGCGUUUGCAGAGCUACGGACACCGACACGAUGAUCCUGUUUGCCAAUGGGCCUGGAAUCAGGGCUUACAACGCGCACAACAAGGAGGAGGUUGAAGUCAUUGCGAACGAGAAAAGGGUGCAGGCGCUGGAUUUCGAUCCCAGGUCGGAGUACGUGUUCUGGAUCGAUGGUUACGAUAAUUCCAUCAAGAGGUCGUACAUGGUGAACGCGAAAGGUGGACAAGUGAAGAUCGGUUACGCUCAGGAUCUCAAUAUAAAGAGCGAGUCAGGGCUAACAAGCUUGGCCGUAGAUUGGAUUUCCGGUAAUCUUUAUUGGACAGAGAUCGAUUCCUCGGGUGCGACGUUGUUCGGAAGAGUGAUGGUCUCGAAAGCGGACGGUAGAUACCGUCGAAGUUUGAUCACAGUCGGCCUGGAAAUCCCAACCUCCAUAGUCGUAGACCCGGAGGUAGGCCGGGCCAUUUGGGCAGAUGCUGGAAGCCAACCGAAGAUCGAGAUCGCUUGGAUGGACGGUGACAGGCGAAAACAGCUGGUUUCUGAUCGCAUUGGACAACCUAUCGCGCUCACUAUUGACUACUCUAUGCAGCAUGUUCUUUACUGGGCUGACAGUAAACUCAACACCAUUGAAUCUAUCGAACAGGAUGGAUCAAACAGGAAGGUUAUCAUUAAGGGAGACAGCCUAAAGCAUCCGGUGUCCCUGGACGUUUUCGAGAACAGUCUGUACUGGACAACAAGGAGAACUGGCGAACUGAUUAGGCAAGACAAAUUCGGCAGGGGCGUGCCAGAGGUGAUGAUCAGGCACGUGCCAAAUUCCGGCGGUGUGAAGGUGUACCAUCAGCAGAGAUACAACAUCUCCUUGAGGAAUCUGUGCCACGAGGACCAGUGUACCCACUUGUGCGUCCCGAUUCCCGGUGGGUACCGCUGCCUUUGCUCGGACAGCAUCGGGCCUCUCCAACACCGGGAAACUGUACGGUCGAACGAGCGCCACUGCGACGCGACUAACGAGAGGCCGCUCCCCGCGCCGAGGAUCUGCCCUUGCAGAAACGGCGGACUGUGUCAGGAGGUCGAGGACAGUAAGCUGCAGUGCGACUGUCCAGCUCGUUUCCACGGCGAGUACUGCGAGGUCACGUUGGGGGCCAGGUCGAGCAACGCCACCGCGGCCAUCGUGAUACCCAUCGUUGUCUCCAUCCUGGUUCUCCUUGGAGCCGCGGCCGUUAUUAUGGUGCUCAAGAAACGGCCGUUCGGGAAACCUGGUGGUCUUGGAAGUUUAACUGGUGCUCAGAGCGUGUCCUUCAGACAAGGAAGCAACGUUGAAUUUGGUGUACCUGCACACGAGAGAAUGGAACCUCUGGACGUGGAGUACAAUCUCGGUGACGUGAGUAACAAGAACAGGGACUUCAGCAAUCCGAUGUACGACGCGGUGAACACGGAGACAGGCGCUACGAACGGCACCGGCGCCAGCAGUAUGUACGAAUUGCCAGCUGAGAUGAAGCCGUCUAGCAUCCAGCACAAGGAGUCACCGCAGUUGCACCUGAAGAGAAGAGAGCUCGACCCGACACCCAUUGACUCGGGGAAGGACACGCAACAGUUGGUCGAAGAAGACAAGUCCGAAUGUUAGAUAGUUUAUACUCUUUCGUGCAGUGACGUAGUUGGAAGUGUCAGCAUUUUGAAAGACAAACAGGGGGAGGAGAGAUCUUUUAAGGUUUUUACAACGCGACGUGUCGAUCUCUUCGCAAGUUUGUUGCAAUUGUUAUUUUCUUAGAUGCGUGUAAGUGUCAUUAUGAAGUUUACAACUAACUAAUAGGUAAUAACCAACAAUUUCUUUUUUAAAAAUUGCUAAGAGAAUUCUUCCAAACUUUCGUUUCGUUACGGGAUAUCUUCUUUUUCAAAUAUCUUUUAAACGAGUGUGGGUACAUUUGGUUGUAUUUGACGGAGAGGAUUUUUUUAAUGGAGCACAAAGACCGAGCACGGUCAAAUUUUUUUUUUUUUUUUUGCAUUGUGUAUGUCACUGUAAAAUUCUAUAGAAGAGCGCGACUAAAUUGUAGAUUUGUAGCUUAUUUACACUAAGUUGAAGGAGAAAACGAGUUGCAGCGCAUCUGACUACGCCACUGUUUCUGUGUCUGUGGCACUUCCAUUUCAAUCACAACAUAACAGUGAACUGAAACAGACAGAAAUUAAAGAAAAAGUAGUAAUGAAUCGCAAGAAUUUUCUAUAAAAAGAAAUAGAGAAAAUCGUGUUUUGAUCUUUCAACAUUAUUGAGAUUGAAGUGCGACCGAUGACGAAUUAUCUUAGGUGCGAUUUGUAAGUCUUGUAAAUACGAUUAUCGCAGAAUGUUAAUUUCACGUUAUACAUGUACCAUAAUGAAAGCAAAACAUUCCAUAUCUUUUAUUAAAGACAACUCGAGGUGAAUUGUAGCGGGUGUUUAAGGGACUAUACGUUUAAAAAAAAGGGGGAAAGAGAGGGACCUCGACGAGCGUGAAUUUAUAUAUAAUUUUCUUCACGACGAAGGAAGAGAUGAGUUUGUUUUGAAACGAAAAAAGAAAAAAGAAAAAACAGAGAAAAGAGAGAAAGAUUUGUUUUCUCUCUUUUUCUUUUUGAGUUUGCUCGUGAGACCGCACAUGAGCAUUGUUAUAUGUGUUUGUACAUUUUUCUAGACUAUGCGCGGGGAACGUCAGUGUACAGUUUUUCUUCCGUAGCAGCUGUGAUCGUAAAAAUUACAAAUUGGGGUCUGAGCGUGCAAGGUGAUCCAUUCAAACGAACGUACCCUACACUUUUCUUGUACGCCCCUGAAAACAUGAGUGAGAGAUGGAUCUUCUUGUUUCUUUAUUUUCUUUUUUUUUCUUCUUCUUAAGGUUUACCAUUUGGUACAGUAGAGUCUCGAUUAUAAGAGCAAUCGGAAGUAUUUUGUAAGAUCUGUAACAUCAGAAUCUGCAGUUUUAUUGUUGUACGUUGCAUAUCAAAUUAUACAGACUGUUAAAUCCA